UUUGUUGCUAAACUAAACAGCAAACAUUGAGUUUUUCUCUUGUCUUGCAAUUUGCAUUGUGUGGCCCCACCUCAUUUGAGGAUCACCAAAGCCUGUGUGGCUCUUUCAAGCGAUGACGAGCAUUCUCCGUCGCAACUUUGUCUGCUAUGAGGUCUCUCUCAACUUGCCCGCCAUGCACAAGUUUGCCAAGCAUUGGCGCUUGGCCUUCGCGACCAUAUAUUGCUCCCGAGCCAUUACUAACUCCCCAAAGAAAGCCAGGAAGUUGUCCCCACGAAAAUCUCCUUCCUACGCUUUGAUUUCGAUCCACGAUCCGGUCCUGAGCACCAGCUCUGAUCAUCCCAGCUACUUCAACAUUGAUCAGUCACAGCUCACCAAGCUGGUCAAGGACAAGGACCUCAGCCACCUCCAGGAAUUCGGCGGGGUCCAGAAAGUUUCCUCAACACUCAAAACUGAUGUCUUGGCCGGAAUAAACGGCGACCCAGACGACGUCUCUCGCCGGCAAAAUGCGUUUGGCAUCAACUCAUACAAGAAGCCGCCUGCCAAGAGCUUCUUCCACUUCGUGGUCGAGGCUUUCAAGGACCUCACAAUCAUGAUUCUUCUUGUUUGCGCUGGGCUUUCACUUGGGUUUGGGAUCAAGGAGGAUGGGGUCAAGGAAGGAUGGUAUGACGGUGGCAGCAUAUUCGUCGCAGUGUUCCUUGUGAUCGCUGUGUCCGCUGGGAGCAAUUACCGCCAGAACCGGCAGUUCGAAAAAUUGUCUCAGGUGAGCGGUAAUAUUCUCAUUGAUGUGAUAAGGAAGGGUCGGCGGCAGCAGGUUUCCAUAUUUGAGAUCGUCGUUGGAGAUGUCGUUUGUUUGAAGAUCGGCGAUCAAGUUCCAGCAGACGGGCUGUUCCUGGACGGGCAUUCCUUGCAGAUUGAUGAAUCGAGCAUGACUGGGGAGAGUGAUCACGUAGAGGUGAACCACAAGGAGAAUCCGUUCCUGUUCUCGGGAACAAAGGUUGCUGAUGGGUAUGGUCAGAUGCUGGUUACAUCCGUGGGCAUGAACACGACGUGGGGUGAGAUGAUGAGCUUGAUCAGCCGUGACAACAGCGAACAGACCCCUUUACAGGCUCGGCUCAACAAGCUCACCUCGUCAAUUGGCAAAGUAGGCUUGGCCGUCGCUUUCCUGGUUCUUGUGGUCUUGCUGAUACGCUAUUUCACGGGAAACACACAGGAUGAAUAUGGGAACCGGGAAUUCAUUGCAGGCCAAACCACAGGUGACGAUAUCAUAAACUCUGUGGUGAGCAUCAUCGCAGCUGCAGUGACCAUCGUGGUGGUCGCAAUUCCUGAAGGCUUGCCGCUUGCGGUAACCCUCACUCUUGCUUAUUCGAUGAAAAGGAUGAUGGCAGAUCAGGCGAUGGUGAGGAAGCUUUCGGCCUGUGAAACGAUGGGGUCAGCCACCACUAUUUGCACCGACAAGACCGGCACUCUCACAAUGAACAAGAUGAAGGUGACGAAAUUCUGGGUCAGCCAGGACUCUGUGGCGGAAGACACCUACUCCUCUGUCUCCAAGUUCAUCCUGGAUUUAAUUCAGGAUGGGGUUGCUUUGAACACCACGGGCAGUGUCUAUAGGUCGUCUUUGGGAUCGGAGUACGAGUUCUCUGGUAGUCCCACCGAGAAAGCAAUUCUUUCCUGGGCCACUUCGCAAUUGAGCAUGGACAUGGAGGACACAAAGAAGAGGUGUGAAGUCAUCCAAGUCGAAGCCUUCAACUCACAGAAGAAGAGAAGCGGUGUCCUAAUAAGGAAGAGCUCGGAUGACACAUUCCAUGUGCACUGGAAAGGAGCGGCAGAGAUGUUAUUGGCAAAGUGCUCGAGCUUCUAUGACGAGUCGGGGAUAGUGAAAGAUAUGGACACAGAUGAAAGGAUGAGAUUCGAGCAAAUUAUUCAGGGGAUGGCGGCGAGCAGCCUCAGGUGCAUCGCUUUUGCUCAUAAACAAGUCUCUGAGGAAGCGAUCAAAGAAAGAGAAGACGGGAAGAAGAUCCAAGAGGACGGCCUGACAUUACUAGGACUUGUCGGUAUUAAGGACCCAUGCCGUCCGGGUGUGAAGAGUGCGGUCCAAGCUUGUCAGGAUGCGGGAGUGAACAUCAAGAUGAUAACGGGAGACAACAUCUUCACCGCCAAGGCCAUCGCCACGGAGUGCGGGAUUCUCAGGCCCGAGGAUGAUGCCUCCAGUGGAGCCAUCGUGGAAGGAGCUGAGUUUCGCAACUACACACCUGAGGAGAGGCUUUGGAGAGUCGAGAAAAUCCGGGUCAUGGCGAGAUCCUCGCCUGUCGAUAAGCUCCUCAUGGUUCAAUGCCUGAAGCAGAAAGGCCAUGUGGUCGCUGUCACUGGGGAUGGCACGAACGAUGCACCAGCCCUCAAGGAAGCCGACAUAGGGCUUUCGAUGGGCAUUCAAGGCACCGAGGUCGCCAAAGAGAGCUCGGACAUUGUAAUCCUUGACGACAACUUUGCCUCCGUGCCGACAGUGCUGCGGUGGGGUCGAUGCGUCUACAAUAACAUCCAGAAGUUCAUCCAGUUCCAACUCACCGUGAAUGUUGCCGCCCUCGUGAUCAACUUCGUGGCUGCUGUCUCUUCAGGCGAUGUCCCCCUGACGGCUGUCCAGCUCUUGUGGGUGAACCUGAUCAUGGAUACACUCGGCGCCCUUGCCCUGGCCACGGAAAGGCCCACCAGGGAGCUCAUGAUGAAGCCCCCCGUGGGACGGACUGAGCCGCUCAUAACCAAUGUCAUGUGGAGGAACAUUGUUGCCCAAGCAACGUACCAAAUGGCCGUCCUCCUCACUCUACAGUUCAAGGGCGAAUCAAUCUUUGGCGUGGAUGAGGCGGUGAAGCGGACGCUCAUAUUCAACGCGUUUGUCCUGUGCCAGGUCUUCAACGAGUUCAACGCGAGGAAGCUUGAGAAGAGGAACGUGUUCAAGGGCAUACACAAGAACAAGCUGUUCCUUGGGAUCAUUUUCGUGACGGUGGUCCUCCAGGUGGUGAUGGUCGAGUUCCUAAAGCGGUUCGCUGACACGGAGCGGUUGAGCUGGGGACAAUGGGGCGCAUGUGUCUGGAUUGCGGCCGCGUCUUGGCCUAUUGGUUGGGUCGUCAAGUGCAUCCCUGUCCCUGAUACACCAAUCUUCAGCUACUUGGGAUUGAAAAGCAAGAAGCUCGUGAGGAAAAUUGGGCACAGAGAACAAUAGCAACACUGAGUUUAACUCGAUUAUUUUUGUUGUUCAGGUAUAUCGAAUCCAUUAUUGAUGCAGCGUAUUUUUUUGUUUUUGUUGGAGAUAU